AUGAGGAUUUUGUUUGUCGCACCGUUGAUUCUUCUUCAUCUCCCAUACCUCAUCACUCUCAAAUCGACUCGCGAAGAUGUCCUACAAGACUACUGCCAUCAUUGUGAAUAUCCGCAUUUCAACGGCCCGCGUCCAGAUGCAUUCACGACGCUGUCAUGUGUACGUCAAUUGGUUUUCACGGCACCACGCGAGACUGUGCAAUACUACCUCCGGCAACAACCGAUUUGUAUCACCAUGCUUACUCUAGAUGGAAUCAAGCCACUGACAGCACUUCGAACAGGAGUACCGGCUAGCGCACUACCGAGAGAAUGCUGGGAUUUUCGUGAUAAAGGAGGUUACUACUUUUCCGUGCAGGAGAUCGAGUUCAGCCCGGAUUUCGGAGUCGAUUUUGAUUGGCAAGCCGAAGGGAUUCUGCGAUCAGAUUUUGACAAAGAACCGAGGGAAUUAAACAGCUCCUUGUACAAGAAGGCGAAGAAGAAUCUAAAGUACAGAGGACCUCUGAUGUGUUGUGGAUCGCCGAUGUGUAACGCGGAAGAAGUAGACUACUUUUUGGCUACACGAGUUGUGAAAGUCGAAGAUGCGGAUGACGAUUUUUCAAAGGCGAUGCCUUAUGUGACGGUGAUUGCCGUAUUCUUGCUCACACUUUGGCCUUUCACCUUGCAAUUGGGGCAACGAAAUACAGAACGUGCGAUGGAGCUGAUUGAGAAGCCGAAAGUACUUGAGGAUGAAUGGUUUAACUGUCAACAAGCUGAGACAAUUCUUUUUCGAGCAAAGGACAAUGCGAACGCGUUAUUUCAAGCCGAUAUCAGGGGGUACAAAGAUCUACAAGCAGUGAUCAAUAGACUGAGAAGCCGACGAAGCGCUAAAGUUGAAAUACCGACAGCUGACUUCACAGCAGACCCACCGGACAAGAUUUUAACAUUUGGGAUUUGCAACACAACAUUUUCAAAGGUUCUGCGCAAAAUUAGCUCGAAAAUGGAUGGACUCACAGCAAAACUGAUUGAACAUGGACCUUUUGAGUUUAACUUUGACUUUCUUGAGAUGUCAAACCUUUUUGAUAUGGCAACACAAGUGUUGGAACAUCAACCGCGUCUUUUGCAUCUGCCAGCAAACACGAUUGUUGUCGGAUCGAUUGAGGGAAAUUAUGUGCAGCUUUUCCGAAUCUUUCAAAAAUGUGGAUGGCCACCCUACAGAAGAUAUCUCUUUCUCGGCGGACUCACUCAUCCAAAAGUGCCUCAAUCGCUGGAAACAUUUUGCUUGCUUCUUGCAUUAAAGGUUAGUCAUCCAAAUUGUAUUUACUUGAUGCGCGGAGUUUCGGAAGCGGAUGGACUAAAAUCGGAGACGCGAUUCUCGGAACGUUUAGCCAAUGUCAUCUCGGAGGUCACUAAUGAAGUUCAUAGCCGCUUUGCUUUGGCAGCUGUUGUCGCCGAGCGAAUAUUUUGCGUGUAUGGUGGCUUUUCACCAAAAGUAACUUUGCGAGGGAUCGCUGGAAUUGAAAGAGCUGCGGCCGAAGUCAAAGAGGAUACGAUCCCAGCGGCUUUGAUCUUUUCAAUGCCGGAUCCAGAAGUGGAGCACAAGAUCCCUGGUGGCCGUGGAUGGUUCUUCAAUCCAAAAACUGUCGACAACUUCAUCUCAAAGCAUUCAUUUAUCGAAGCGAUCAUUCGAAGCCGGAAUAUUGUCGAUACAGGAUUACAUGUAUGUAAAUGUAAGGAUGUGCCAAUCUACACCAUUCAUUCGUCUCCCGAUCAACCCGGUGAAGGAAAACGAUCAGCCGUCGUUCUGCAUGUAACAGCCAGUGGGAUUGUGGCUUUGCGGUUUGCAAAUCACAAAAACUUUGAUGGAAUCGUUCGAGAAGCUGGACCAAAAGAUCGAGAUUUGAUGAGUUUCGCGCAUCAAUACCUCAGUCGAGCAAGGAAGUACACAGAAACGACGACAACAAAAUCGAGGACAAAGACU